AUGGUGGUGAAGUUUAUGAACGUCAGAGAUAUUACUAGUGCUCUUAGUGUGGAAAAGUUCAAUGAGCUCGUCGGAUGCCAAAUACGACGGAGCAUCGGGCUGCAAGAGCGGUUAGGAGGAGGAGAUCAUCUUCUAUUCUUCAAUCCCAAGUGGGAGGGCUUGUGUAAAGACGGUUACUACCGGUAUUUAAGCCCUGCAGCGGUUUUGGGGCAAGAUAUCAUGUUUAAACGGCGUUUGUGGACACAAGGCGGUAUGGAGAUGCGCGAAGGCUUAAAGGUUAACGCUAUGUAUGAAUGUCAUGAGACGAUUAAGAAGGUUCGGGAGUUACGGGGAGACUAUUUUAUUAAGAUUGGUAGGGAGAUUAAAGAUAUGAGUGGAAACGUUGCGGUUGUGGAGGAGCGGACGCUCAUCUAUACGAAUAAGCCACCAUUGGCUGGGCGCAAAAGCUGUGCAAAGGAGCUGGAGGCGGCGAUUGUGAUUCCGUUUAUUUUCGAUGAUAUGACUAUUUUUGCUUAUAGUGGGCUGACGUCUAACCUACACAGAAUUCACUGGGAUAAGGAAUACAGCAUGAAAGUGGAAGGCUACCGCGAUAUCCUGGUACAAGGGCCUCUCACCGUCCACGUCCUGUUGAGAACCGCUGAGCUGGCAUUGGGGAAGCCAGUGAAAGGUAUUCGGUAUAAAAACUCACAGGUAUUAUAUAGGGGUUCGCUGGUUGACAUCUGCAUUGGCGAAGUACACAAUGGCACAGUACGGGCAUGGAUAAGAGACCAGCAUGCAAAUUCAACUAUUUAUGUAGAUGCAGAGCUCACGCUAGAUUAG